AUGCCGGACUGGCUGGAGGUCGUCGAGGCCUUCACCUGCGACAGGCGAGUCGACGCGCGCGACCACAACGCGCUCGAUGGCCUGCCAUUCUACGCAGAGAAGAACCGGGUCGGCGUGUCGGCGUUCGUGGUGCGCCGGAGCUUCCGUGCUCUUGCCGCCUUUGGCUCCGCGUCUCUCAGCCACCUAUUGCAUAUUGAACGGUCUUGA